AACUGGCAGGAUUUCUUUCUCUGAAAGAAAUCAUAUUUUUAGAGCACUUAGAAGAGGAGAUUGAAGUGUUUUUGAGGAGUAGUGCAGCUGCUGUCGGUUUGAAUAAGGUUUUUGUUCUUCCUCCUCUAAAUUCUCGAUACAGAUAUCUCACGCACUUCUUGGUGCAUAGAUAUCCUCCCAGCUCCUUGGCGAGUGUGUCUAUUGGAUCAGGAAAGGAGCGAAGGACUGUUAUUUGGAGGAAUCAUUCAAAUAUCAGACAAAAGGGUAAUGUUGCCUUACACAAUCAAGGAACACUGAAAGAACACUCUUGUUAUACAAGAAAUAAAGGAAAAAUGGAUAAAAAUGCCAGAAUACCUACUAAAACAUCUAGAGGAAGAGGUUGGAGGAACCAAAAAAGACCAGAUCAACAGUUUUAUGUUCCUGGUGCUUUACAUCGGAAAAAACAAGAGCAAAAUACUGARAAUACAGAGGAAAAUAUAAGAGAACYAUCAAGAGGUACCACAGAGGCAUUACAAGAAACAAGAAAACAAAAUMAUGAAGAUUGUAUCAAAAAUGUGGGYAAAUUAUCAGAGACUUCAUCUAACUCAUCAAAUUGCARAKKAAUUGAUGAAAAUUCUGAAAAUAAAAAGGAAAAUAUGGCAGAUCACUCUCUGAGCUCUGAAUUAGCAUCUGGACACUCAGAUAGUAAAUCAUUUGAAUUGAAUAGGAAUAGUGUAGAGAUUCUACCUUGUGCUGCACAAUGUGAUGACCAAGAACAAAGUGCUGAAAACAAAGGUGAAAGAUUGGCAGAUCAAACAAUACAGAUACCAACUUUAGUAACACAAAGGGAAUUUAAAUCUACAGAGAUAAAUGUUUGCAAUACUAACAAACUGGAGAAAAAUACAGAAUGUUCAUCAAAAACUGAUGCUAAUUGUCCUGCUCAAACUUUAAGUUGUGAAGUGUCAAARYCACAAGGAUUGGUUUUGUCAAAYUCUARAUGUACUCAGWCUGAAAAUKCCAGUGAACAUAGAAAAACUGUUGAUAUCUCAGCAAUAACAACAAGAGAGAACACAGGAUUAGAUAACCGUGCAGAAAGAACUACAAUUAAUGACUUAAAAGAAAGUAGUGUCAUUUUGUCCUUACAUAAUAACAAAACAAGCAAUGAGAGCUUGGAAAAGUUGAAAGAUAACGUGAAAAACCAGCACGAAAAAGAUUUGGUUACAAGCAAAGAAAUUCAUGAAAAGUGUAUCAACAUUGAAGAUACUAUGCAAGUUAAUAAAGAUAGUGAAAAUAUAAAAGAAUAUGAUGAAGUACAAGCUGACAAUUUACAUAGUAGUUCCUUAAGAAAAGAGGAGAUACAACAAGGAGGUUGUGUGUCUAUCUGUGAACCAGUAAGCAAUGACAUUACUAAAAAAGGGAUUUUUAAUAGUGAAAGGACAGAAAUUCAAAGUGAACAAACAAGCAAUGAUAAUACUGAUAAAAGUACUAAAGACAUUGAUGACACUGAACCUAAAAGGGUUCAAACAAAAGAAAAUGUGAGGGAAGAUAAACAGCAAUGUAAUUUUGAAAAAACAUCAAAUUCACAAAGUCUAGCUGAUGGAGACUUGAAAAAUGAAAAUGGUUUAGAACAAAGAACUCAUCUUUGUAGUGAAGAGAAAAAAGAAAUUGUCAGCACAAAUGAGAUUGACAAUACUUCAUGUAGUGAAAUAUUAGAAGCAUUAGAAGAGACAGUUGAUGACCAUAAUCAAAACAAUGAUGUAUCCACGGAAAGAAAAGCCAAAAUAACUUAUAUAGAGGAUGAAAUAAGGGAAAAUUGUACAGAGAAAAGUGAUUCAAUGGUAUCUGAAAAUAAAGAAGAACAACCCUCCAAACUUGAAAAAGUAAAGAAAAAGAAGAAAAGUAAAAAAUCUGAUCACUUAGAAUCUAAAGAAGUGAAGAAGAAAAAGAAGAAUAAAAAGGAGCACUGUGAAAGCUCAAAGGAUGAGGAAUCUGGGUUAAAUGGUAAAAAAGCAAAGUGCAUAUCGAAGACACAAGUCAAAGGAAAGCAAGAGGGUAUCAAGGAGGAGGCUUUGGAUCAAGAUGGGAAACAAACAGGAGAGGAUGAUUCUGUUGAUGAUGAUGAUGAUGACAGCGAUAGCUGGCUUAAUAAAUUCAAUGAUGAUGGGGAGUGCUUAGAUCCUGAGUUGAUCAAAAUGCUGUCCAAAGCAACUGGUAUCAAGAAACCCGUCAAACACAAAACUCAGUUUGACUUCUACUCACUGGCAGAAAAGGAUAUGGAACUGGAUGACGGUUAUGGCCAUAUUGUUGAGAUCUAUGACUUCUCAGCUGACCUMAAAACCCAAGAUUUGACCAAGGCUCUUAGUGRAUUCAAGUAGGUUCAAAUCAAUGUUUCCUAAAAUAUAAAUCUCAUUGUCAGAAAGAACUCCCCUUGAAUCAUGCCCACAGUAACUUUCUUAUGUAUUUCAAUGUUCUCCCACUACAUAAAAGCCUAUAUAUUUUGUAGCC